GGCGCCGCAUAUGACAACUCGGGAUUCAGUAUCAUGGAAUUAAAUGUGGACUGUGUUGUGGACAUUUCGCUUCGUUGAACGAGUUUCGCCUGCUGUCAUCCCCUGCAAGCUCCUCAUCUUGUGAAGGUGCAGUCAAGCUCGGAGAAGGAUGUCGGACAAGAUGUCUAGUUUCCUCCACAUCGGGGACAUCUGCUCCCUGUAUGCGGAGGGCUCCACAAAUGGAUUUAUCAGUACAUUAGGUCUCGUGGAUGACCGAUGCGUUGUACAGCCGGACACAGGAGACCUCAAUAACCCUCCCAAGAAGUUCAGAGACUGUCUCUUCAAGCUGUGCCCUAUGAAUAGGUACUCGGCUCAGAAGCAGUUCUGGAAAGCAGCAAAGCCGGGGGGCAACAGCACAACAGACACUGUGCUGUUAAACAAACUGCACCAUGCGGCCGACCUGGAGAAGAAACAGAAUGAGUCAGAGAACCGAAAGUUGCUGGGCACAGUCAUCCAGUACGGCAACGUCAUUCAGCUCCUGCACUUGAAAAGCAAUAAGUACCUGACGGUGAACAAGCGUCUGCCGGCCCUGCUGGAGAAGAACGCCAUGCGGGUCACGCUGGACUCGGCUGGCAACGAGGGCUCCUGGUUCUACAUCCAGCCCUUCUACAAGCUCCGCUCCAUAGGAGACAGCGUGGUGAUUGGGGAUAAAGUGGUUCUUAACCCUGUGAACGCCGGUCAACCCCUACAUGCCAGCACUCACCAACUAGUGGACAAUGCAGGCUGCAACGAGGUGAACUCUGUGAAUUGCAACACAAGUUGGAAAAUCGUCUUAUUUAUGAAAUGGAGUGACAACAAAGAGACCAUACUCAAAGGGGGUGAUGUGGUGAGGCUGUUCCACGCCGAGCAAGAGAAGUUCCUCACGUGUGACGAUCACCGGAAGAAGAUGUACGUCUUCCUUCGCACCACUGGCCGCCAGUCUGCUACCUCCGCCACGAGCAGCAAGGCAUUAUGGGAGGUGGAGGUGGUACAGCAUGACCCCUGCCGUGGCGGAGCCGGCUACUGGAACAGCCUCUUCAGAUUCAAACACCUGGCCACUGGAUGUUACCUGGCUGCUGAGGUGAACCCAGACUAUGAAGAAGAGUGCCAGGAGUCUCGGUCCUCGGUGGGGGAUUUUGUCCCCUUUAACUUCCAGCUGGACUCUGACCACGAGGCCCUGAGGGCCCGCCUGCGCACCCCCAACGAGAAGGUCAUGUACACGCUGGUGUCCGUCCCCGACGGCAACGACAUCUCCUCCAUCUUCGAGCUGGACCCCACCACGCUGCGUGGGGGGGACUCGUUGGUGCCCAGGAGCUCGUACGUGAGGCUGCGCCACCUCUGCACCAACACGUGGGUCCACAGCACCAACUGCCCCAUCGACAAGGAGGAGGAGAAGCCCGUCAUGCUGCGGAUCGGCACGUCUUCCGUGAAGGAGGAUAAAGAGGCCUUUGCCAUAGUGCCCGUGCCCCCGGCCGAAGUCCGAGACCUGGACUUUGCAAACGACGCCAGCAAAGUUCUGGCCUCCAUCGCUGGCAAACUGGAGAAGGGCACCAUCACACAGAACGAGAGGAGGUUUGUCACUAAGCUGCUGGAGGAUUUGGUGUUCUUUGUGGUGGACAUCCCCAACAGCGGGCAGGACGUGCUGGAGAUCAUGGUCAACAAGCCCAACAGGGAGCGACAGAAGCUCAUGAGGGAGCAGAACAUCCUCAAACAGAUCUUCAAGCUGCUGCAGGCUCCGUUCACAGACAGCGGUGACGGCCCCAUGCUCCGUCUGGAGGAGCUGGGUGACCAGCGCCACGCCCCCUUCAGGCACAUCUGCCGCCUCUGCUACCGGGUGCUGCGCCACUCACAGCAGGACUACAGGAAGAACCAGGAGUACAUCGCCAAGCAGUUCCGCUUCAUGCAGAAGCAGAUUGGCUACGACGUGCUGGCCGAGGACACCAUCACGGCCCUGCUGCACAACAACCGCAAGCUCCUGGAGAAGCACAUCACCGCCGCCGAGAUCGACACCUUCGUCAGCCUGGUCAGGAAGAAUAGAGAGCCCAGGUUUCUGGACUACCUGUCCGAUCUGUGCGUCUCCAUGAAUAAAUCAAUCCCCGUGACCCAGGAGCUAAUCUGCAACGCUGUGCUGGACCCAGCCAACGCCGACAUCCUCAUUGAGACCAAGCUGGUCCUGUCACGGUUCGAAGUGGAGUCCGUGACUCUCGGGGAGGCCCCUGUGGAGACGGAGGAGGACGAGGAGGAGGUGUGGCUCUUCUGGAAGGACAGCUGCAAGGAGAUCCGGAGCAAGAGCAUCCGAGAACUGGCCCAGGAUGCCAAGGAAGGCCAGAAGGAGGACCAAGAGGUCAUCAGCUACUACAGGUACCAGCUGAACCUGUUUGCGCGGAUGUGCCUGGACCGGCAGUACCUGGCCAUCAACAAGAUCUCGGGCCAGCUGGACGUGGACCUGAUCCUGCGCUGCAUGUCGGACGAGGACCUGCCCUACGACCUGCGCGCCUCCUUCUGCCGCCUCAUGCUGCACAUGCACGUGGACCGCGACCCCCAGGAGCAGGUCACGCCCGUCAAGUACGCGCGCCUCUGGUCCGAGAUCCCCUCCCAGAUCGCCAUCGACGACUAUGACAGCGACGGCACCACGCGAGACGAGAUCAAGGAGCGCUUCGCCCUCACCAUGGAGUUCGUCGAGAACUACCUACGCGAUGUGGUCUGUCAGAACGUGCCCUUCUCCGACAAAGAGAAAAACAAGCUCACGUUUGAGGUUGUUAAUCUCGCCAGGAAUCUCAUCUACUUUGGCUUCUACAACUUCAGUGACCUCUUGCGCUUGACCAAAAUCCUCCUGGCCAUACUCGACUGUGUCAAUGUCAGUACAAUAUACCCCAUCAACAAGCUGGAGAAAGGAGAUGAGAACAAAGGUGAAAACCAGAGCGGCAGUAACGUCAUGCGCUCCAUCCACGGGGUGGGGGAGCUGAUGACGCAGGUGGUGUUGAGGGGAGGGGGCUUCCUGCCCGCCACCCAGGCCCUGCCCAUCCCCACCAACGGCGACGUGGUCAAGGCACAAGUGGAGCCCGAGAAGGAGGACAUCCUGGUGAUGGACACCAAGCUCAAGAUCAUAGAGAUCCUGCAGUUCAUCUUGAAUGUGCGGCUAGACUACCGCAUCUCUUGCCUGCUCUGCAUCUUCAAGCGUGAGUUUGAUGAAACAAACACCCAGACGGACUUGGCAGCUGCAGUGGCCAAUCCGGACGGAUCCAACAACAUGCCAGCACUCGAUUUUGAGAAGAUCGAAGAGCAAGCAGAGGGUAUAUUUGGUGGAAGUGAGGAGAACACACCACUGGACCUGGAUGACCACGGUGGCCGUACCUUCCUGCGGGUUCUCCUCCACCUGACCAUGCACGACUACCCUCCUCUGGUGUCCGGCGCGCUCCACCUGCUCUUCAGGCACUUCAGCCAGAGACAGGAGGUGCUCAUGGCCUUCAAACAGGUCCAGCUGCUGGUGACCAGUCAGGACGUGGAGAACUACAAGCAGAUCAAGAGCGACCUGGACCAGCUGCGCUCCAUCGUGGAGAAGUCCGAGCUGUGGGUCUACAAGAGGCAGGGCGACGACAACGACGGAGGAGACGGCCCUGCCCCCGAGUCCGACCACAAGCAGAAGGGAGAGUCGGGCGGCUCAGACAAGAAGAAGACGGAGAGCACGAGCUGCUACAAUUACCGCGUAGUUAAGGAGAUCCUGAUACGGCUCAGUAAGCUGUGUGUCCAGGAGGGAUCGUCAGGGAAGAAGAGUAAGAAGCAGCAGCAGAGGCUCCUGAGGAACAUGGGGGCUCACAGUGUGGUGCUGGAGCUGCUGCAGAUCCCCUACGAGAAGGGCGAAGAUGUCCGCAUGCAGGAGAUUAUGAAGCUGGCCCAUGAGUUCCUGCAGAACUUCUGUGCAGGGAACCAACAGAACCAGACCCUGCUCCACAAGCACCUCAACCUGUUCCUCAACCCAGGGAUCCUGGAGGCGGUGACCAUGCAGCACAUCUUCAUGAACAACUUCCAGCUGUGCAGCGAGAUCAACGAGCGCGUGGUGCAGCACUUUGUGCACUGCAUCGAGACCCGCGGGCGGCACGUCCAGUACCUCAAGUUCCUGCAGACCAUCGUCAAGGCCGAGAACAAGUUCAUCAAGAAGUGCCAGGACAUCGUCAUGGCCGAGCUGGUGAACGCGGGCGAGGACGUCCUGGUGUUCUACAACGACCGGGCGUCCUUCCAGACGCUGGUGCAGAUGAUGCGCUCGGAGCGCGACCGCAUGGACGAGAACAGCCAGCUCAUGUACCACAUCCACCUGGUGGAGCUGCUGGCCGUCUGCACCGAGGGCAAGAACGUCUACACCGAGAUCAAGUGCAACUCCCUGCUGCCGCUGGACGACAUCGUGCGCGUGGUCACUCACGAGGACUGCAUCCCCGAGGUGAAAAUAGCCUACAUCAACUUCCUGAACCACUGCUACGUGGACACGGAGGUGGAGAUGAAGGAGAUCUACACCAGCAACCACAUGUGGAAGCUCUUUGAGAACUUCCUGGUGGACAUCUGCAGGGUGUGUAACAACACGAGUGACAGGAAGCACGCUGACACGGUGCUGGAGCGCUACGUGACCGAGACGGUCAUGAGCAUCGUCACCACCUUCUUCAGCUCGCCCUUCUCUGACCAGAGCACCAGCCUGCAGACCCGGCAGCCGGUCUUCGUUCAGCUCCUGCAAGGAGUCUUCCGGGUGUACCACUGCAACUGGCUGAUGCCCACCCAGAAGGCGUCCGUGGAAGGUUGCAUCAAAGUGCUGUCCGACGUAGCCAAGAGCCGAGCCAUCGCUAUCCCCGUGGACCUUGACAGUCAGGUGAACAACCUGUUUGUGAAAUCCAACAACGUUGUGCAGAAGACCAUCCUGAACUGGAGGCUCUCGACACGCAACGCCACCAGACGCGACUCCACCCAGACCACGUCACGAGACUACAGGAACAUCAUAGAGAGGUUACAGGACAUUGUGUCCGCCCUGGAGGACCGUCUGCGGCCGCUGGUGCAGGCCGAGCUCUCCGUGCUGGUGGACGUGCUUCACCGGCCCGAGCUGCUUUUCCCCGAAAACACAGAGGCGCGCAAGAAGUGUGAGAGCGGAGGCUUCAUCUCCAAGUUGAUUAAGCACACCAAGCAGCUGCUGGAGGAGAAUGAGGAGCGUCUGUGCAUCAAAGUGCUACAGACGCUCAGGGAGAUGAUGACCAAAGACCGUGGCUAUGGAGAGAAGGAGCUUGACCCAAACCAGCCACAGAAGCAACUGGAAGAUCAGAAGAGGGGUGAAGCGCUGAGGCAGAUUCUGGUGAACCGUUACUAUGGCAACAACAAGCCAGGGGGCCGCCGCGACAGCCUGACGAGCUUCAGUAAUGGGCCGCUCAGCCCCGGAGGACAGGGCAAGGCUCCGACAGUGGCCGGCGUGGGCUCCAGCGUGAGCCGCGGGGAGAUGAGCCUGGCCGAGGUGCAGUGCCACCUGGACAAGGAGGGCGCGUCCGACCUGGUCAUCGACCUCAUCAUGAACGCCACCAGCGACCGCAUCUUCCAGGAGAGCAUCCUGCUGGCCAUCGCCCUGCUGGAGGGGGGCAACACGGUCAUCCAGCGGUCCUUCUUCUACCGGCUGACGCGGGACAACAAGUCGGAGAAGUUCUUCAAGGUCUUCUACGAGCGCAUGAAGCUGGCCCAGCAGGAGAUCAAGGCCACGGUGACGGUCAACACCAGCGACCUGGGCAGCAAGCGCAAGGACGAGGAGCCGCCGGACAAAGACGCCCCCGCCAGCAAGAAAGUGAAGGAAGUGGCGGCGGCUGUGGUGACAGAGGAGGUGCGGGAGCAGCUGAUCGAGGCGUCGGCCGUCACCAAGAAGGCCAUCACGGCGUACCGGCGCGAGGUGGACGCUGAGGAGCAGCUGGCGGGCGCCGAGGGCCAGGCGGCGGCGGGGGCGGUGCCCGGGGCCACGGGCGCCGCCGCCAACGACAAGAGCGCGGCGGACGAGGGCGAGAUGAGCGUCGUCAUCACCAUCAUGCAGCCCAUCCUGCGCCUCAUGCAGCUGCUGUGUGAGAACCACAACCGCGAGCUGCAGAACUUCCUGCGCUGCCAGAACAACAAGAACAACUACAACCUGGUGUGCGAGACGCUGCAGUUCCUGGACUGCAUCUGCGGCAGCACCACCGGGGGCCUGGGCCUGCUGGGCCUCUACAUCAACGAGAAGAACGUGGCGCUCAUCAACCAGACCGUGGAGAGCCUCACCGAGUACUGCCAGGGGCCCUGCCACGAGAACCAGAACUGCAUCGCCACUCAUGAGUGCAAUGGAAUCGACAUCAUCAUUGCCCUGAUACUCAACGACAUUAACCCCCUGGGCAAGAAGAGGAUGGACCUGGUGUUGGAGCUAAAGAACAACGCCUCCAAGCUGCUGCUGGCCAUCAUGGAGAGUCGCCACGACAGCGAGAACGCAGAGCGGAUCCUCUACAACAUGCGGCCCAAGGAGCUGGUGGAGGUGAUCAAGAAGGCCUACAUGCAGGGGGAGAUUGAGGUGGAGCACACUGAGGAGGGGGAGGAGGGGGAGGAGGAACAAUCUGCCUCUCCUCGCAACGUCGGCCACAACAUCUACAUCCUUGCCCAUCAGCUCGCCAGACAUAACAAGGAGCUGCAGGCCAUGCUGAAGCCGGGGGGCACCUACGGAGAGGGCGACGAGGCCUUGGAGUUCUAUGCCAAGCACACGGCUCAGAUUGAGAUUGUGCGUCUGGACCGCACCAUGGAGCAGAUAGUCUUCCCCGUGCCAAACAUCUGCGAGUUCCUCACGCAAGAGUCCAAGCUGCGCGUCUACUACACCACGGAGCGCGACGAGCAGGGCAGCAAGAUCAACGACUUCUUCCUGCGCGCCGAGGACCUCUUCAACGAGAUGAACUGGCAGAAGAAGCUGCGAGGUACUCAAGAGGCUACUGGUAACGCAAACACGGUUCCCUCCCAGCCCAUCCUCUACUGGUGCUCCAGGAACAUGUCCUUCUGGAGCAGCAUCUCCUUCAACCUGGCCGUGCUCAUGAACCUGCUGGUGGCCUUCUUCUAUCCCAUCGAGGGAAUUCGUGGAGGUACCCUAGAGCCUCACCUGUCGGGGCUGCUGUGGUUGGCCAUGCUGGUGUCGUUGGCCAUUGUGAUCGUGCUGCCGCAGCCCCACGGGAUCCGUGCGUUCAUCGCCUCCACCAUCCUGCGCCUCAUCUUCUCUGUGGGCCUGCAGCCCACCCUCUUCCUGCUCGGGGCCUUCAAUGUAGGCAAUAAGGUCAUCUUCCUGAUUAGUUUUGCGGGGAACCGGGGCACGUUCACGCGCGGCUACAAGGCCAUGAUCCUGGACGUGGAGUUCCUCUACCACGUCCUCUACCUGAUCAUCUGCAGCCUCGGAGUCUUCGUACACGUCUUCUUCUACAGCCUACUGCUCUUUGACCUGGUGUACCGCGAGGAGACGCUGCUGAACGUGAUCAAGAGCGUGACGCGUAACGGGCGCUCCAUCGUGCUGACGGCCGUGCUGGCCCUCAUCCUGGUCUACCUCUUCUCCAUCGUGGGCUACAUCUUCUUCAAGGACGACUUCAUCCUCUCCGUCGACAGGAUACCCAACAAAACGCUAGAGAGCGGCGGCAGCAUGGUCGGGGACUUCCUCUCUGGCGCCGCGUGUCGGAAGGACACCGGGGAGAACUGCUCUUCAGAGGCUGUGGUCGAUACCAUGGUGGCGUCGGCGGUGGUGAUCGAGGACAAGGAGCGCUCAUGCGACUCGCUGCUCAUGUGCAUCGUCACCGUCCUCAGCCACGGCCUGCGGAGCGGCGGUGGGGUGGGGGACGUCCUCCGCAAGCCCUCCAAAGAGGAGCCGCUGUUCACGGCGCGGGUCAUCUACGACCUGCUGUUCUUCUUCAUGGUCAUCAUCAUCGUGCUGAACCUGAUCUUCGGCGUGAUCAUCGACACCUUCGCCGACCUCAGGAGCGAGAAGCAGAAGAAAGAAGAGGUGCUCAAGACCACCUGCUUCAUCUGUGGGCUGGAGCGCGACAAGUUUGACAACAAGACGGUGACGUUCGAGGAGCACAUCAAGGUGGAGCACAACAUGUGGCACUACCUCUUCUUCAUCGUGCUGGUCAAGGUGAAGGACCACACCGAGUACACGGGGCCCGAGAGCUACGUGGCCCAGAUGAUCCGGGAGCACAACCUGGACUGGUUCCCACGGAUGCGCGCCAUGUCUCUGGUCAGUAUGGACGGCGAGGGCGAGCAGAACGAGAUCCGCAACCUGCAGGAGAAGCUCGAGUCCACCAUGAAGCUGGUCUGCAACCUGUCGGGCCAGCUGACCGAACUCAAGGAGCAGAUGACAGAGCAGAGGAAGCAGAAGCAGAGGAUCGGGCUCCUGGGUCACCCCCAGCACAUGAACGUCAACCCCCAGCAGCCGGCAUGAGACCCGGCCCGCGCUAGGCCACUUCCCUGCAUCCUCACCCCAGCAGCCA